AUGUCUGCAGGAGACAGCUCACCUGCUGAGACCCUCCCCCUGCAGAGAUCGUGGGACCGGGUGGUUCUGGGCGAGUGGCCGUGCCUGAGGCCGACCGUCGACCCCCAGGUCCACAGUCCCGAGCUGGGUCAGCUGAUGCAGCGCUGCUGGGCGGAGGAGCCGACGGAGAGACCCGAGUUCAGCCACAUCCGACUGCUGCUGCGGAAACAGAACAA